GUAUUCCAAGCCUCGAUGUGACGACGAGAGCUUCUCUAUUGCCUCUCCCUCCCCCUUUCAUUACCAACCACCAUUUUGUGAAUAAUAUUUCAAAAGAAAAAAUAUGUCUAUAGAACCACCGUCGACGGAUCACAUCCCAGUUGGAAAUGUAUCAGAUUACACACAAUACCUCAACCAAGUUGCAGACACGGUUGUUCAAGGAGGUACUGUAACAUUUGUCAGUCAAGAAGAUGGAGUUCCAAUUGGUUCAAAACAGACAGCAUCUGAUUUGUGUCAGGAAAUUUCACAUACCGUUGUCUUUGGGGAGAUUGCCACUAACCAUGCAGAAGUUACCAGUGUCUUCACUCCUUUGUUCUUUGAACAACCUCAACCAGUGCCUUCAGCUAAUGAAGUCAUUAGUGUCAAGCCUCCUGUUGGAAAAGGUCCCUAUCAAUGUAAAAGCUGUGAUAAAAACUUUCCCAAAUGGAAUCAGUUACAGCGUCAUAGCAAGACGCAUAAAGAAGACAAGCCAUAUCGUUGCACACACUGUACCGAUUCCUUUAAUGUUGAAGACAAUUUAAAGCUUCACAUGGCCACACAUCCACAGAAUGAUGACCGGCAGCCAACGUGUCCUGAAUGUGGUAUAACGUUUACUCGGAUUGCUAGCUUCAAAGCUCAUAUCAUGCUGCAUGUAAAAGAAGAAAGCCUCAUGUGUACAGAAUGUGGAGAUGAGUUCAGUCUUCAGAGUCACUUGGACAAACAUAUGAAAGAACACAGAGAAGAACAUGGUAACAACCGUUCGUACACCUGUCGACAAUGUUCACAAGAAUUCGGCAAAAUCACUUUACUACGGGAACACAUGAAACAACACUAUCGCAUCAAAUCUUCACUUUCUCAUCGCUCAUACAAACGCAACAUCGAUAGGUCCACUUUCCACCAUAAAUGUGAUCAUUGUGGCAAAUCUUUUCAGAAGCCAAGUCAAGUAGAACGACAUAUUCGUAUUCACACAGGUGAACGACCGUUCAGAUGUUCAAUGUGUGAUAAAUCUUUCAAUCAGAAAGGUGCACUUCAAAUUCACAUGACCAAGCACACUGGGGAAAGACCUCAUACCUGUGAAUUUUGUUCAGCAACUUUUUCUCAGAAAGGAAAUUUGCGAGCUCACAUACAGCGUGUCCAUUCUUUGUCUAAAGAUUCCGACAGUCCUAAUUUCCAGUGUGAAGAAUGUAGUUGUGUCUUCCGUAAACUUGGUAGUUUAAAUGCUCAUAUAAGUCGUUCUCAUUCUGAAACGGAAUUAGAUAGCAAAGAAAGCGUGCAACCUGGUGAUGAAAGUGAUAAAAUGUUCAGUGAAAUUCUUGAACAGUCUGUGCAGUCAAGCAACAAAGAAUUAGCUGGUCAGAAUGAACCAAUGAAUGCUGACAUUCUGCAACAGGCUCUUGAAAACAGUGGCCUUCCUAGUGUAAAUAUUACAGGUGAGCAAGAAACUAACGAGGAGGGUGUUUCUAGCUCUGUUCAAGCUGCAACCACUACAACUCAAUCUUUGUUUACUACGACAGUGCAUGACGCAGCAACUGGUGCUCCCAAGAUGCAUACUAUUCGAAAGGUUAACGGUGUCCGUUGGCAUCAGUGCACAUACUGCACGAAAGAAUUUAAGAAACCAAGUGAUCUGGUGCGGCACAGUCGUAUUCAUACACAUGAGAAACCUUAUAAGUGCAACCAGUGUUUUCGCUCCUUUGCAGUGAAGAGUACGCUAACUGCUCACCUUAAAACUCACACAGGUGUCAAGGAAUACAAAUGUGAUUGGUGUAGUAAGAUGUUCUCUACUUUAGGCAGUCUUAGGGUGCAUUCUCGUUUACACACAGGUGCCAAACCAUUUCAUUGCUCUCAAUGUGAUAAAAAAUUUCGUACGCCUGCACAUCUCAAGAGUCAUACUAACUCACACAUUCGAGAAAAAGACAACACUUUGCCACGUAAACCACGACGAACUGUGCGCAAGUCUUUGAAAUCAGACAUUCCACUGCCAGAUAUCCCUCUACAGGAACCAAUUCUAAUUACAGAUACAGGUCUCAUCCAGCAGCCACCCAGAAGUAAUAUUUUUAACAACUACCUCACCGACAUGAACAGUUCCGACCGUCCAUAUAAGUGCACGUACUGUUCAAGGGGUUUCAAGAAAUCGAGUCAUCUCAAGCAACAUGUCAGAUCUCAUACAGGUGAAAAGCCAUACCAGUGUAAGCAGUGUCAUCGGUCGUUUGUGUCUAGUGGCGUUCUCAAGUCUCACACGCGAACUCACACGGGGAUCAAGGCCUACAAGUGUCUAGUUUGUGAAAAUAAUUUUACCACCAGUGGCAGCCUGAAAAGACAUAUGUCAACACACACUGAAAUUAGGCCAUUCAUGUGUCCAUAUUGUCAGAAAACCUUUAAAACAUCUGUUAAUUGUAAGAAACACAUGAAAACACACAGACAUGAACUCGCUAUGCAGGCGCUGCAGCAGAAUCAGACACUUCAACCCCACCAAGUAGAAAACCAUGUGAUUGAAAAUGCCGAACCUGAGGACAAGACUGAUAAUACAUUAGUGACAAGUCAACCAGAUGACAGUUCUAUAACUGUUACACAACCAGCAACAUUGACUACUGCUGCGACACUUCAGAAUGGAACUGUCAGCUCUAGCCUUAGUGAUAUUAACCAAAACGAUCUGACUGCAACUAAUGCAGCUGUUUUAUCUCAAACAACUAUUUCAGAAGCCUUAUUAGAACAGGUAUUUAACGUUCAACAGAAUCUAUUAGGAAACCAGCAAAAUUUAUCUUUUAACCAAGGAUCAAUUACGUUACCUAGCUCGCAACAGUUAACAAAUGUAAUAGACGUGAGUCCUUUGAACACAUCCUUUGCACCUACUUUGCCGACCACUUCUCUACAAAGCAUACUUCCAAACAGAGAACCAAAACAGACUGCUGCUCAGAAACAACGCCAAGCUAAUAUGAUACGUGAGGUAGAAGAAGGAAAACGUUCGUACAAAUGUUCUUAUUGUGGUAAAGGUUUCAAGAAAUCAAGUCAUCUAAAGCAACAUGUUAGAUCACACACAGGAGAAAAACCUUUCAGUUGCCUACAGUGUAAUCGAAUGUUUGUCUCAAUGGGAGUGUUAAAAGCACACUUGAGGACUCAUACUGGUAUCAAAGAUUACAAUUGCCAAAUAUGUCAUGCGGCUUUCACCACUAAUGGGUCUCUCACACGGCAUAUGAUGAUACAUAAUACUGUGAACUCAUACAAAUGCAUCUAUUGUUCUGAAAUGUUCCGCACAGUCUUGCUUUGGCGGAAACACUUACGUAUGCAUAAAGAAGCUCAGAGUGAUGAUGAAGAAGGGGAAUAUUCAGAUGGAGUAAGAAAAACCAAGUUUCCUAUUAUUGAGAUAACUGAAGAACAACUUUCCAAGGCUGAUGUUUGUGAGGAAAUGACUGUGUCGGAACGUAUUCUCCUAGAGUCUGCGGGUGAGAAAGAUCGAAUUAGUGAAAUAAAACAAACUCAGGAGAAGCACAUAGAAUUGGAGAGUCUUCCAAAACAUCGACAUGAGUGCAACAAAUGUCCAAAGAGCUUUAAGAAACCAAGUGACUUGAUAAGACAUUUGCGAAUUCAUACUGGUGAGAAACCAUUCACCUGUAGCAUUUGUUCCAAGUCAUUUACAGUUAAGUCAACUUUGGAUAGCCACAUGAAGACACAUGGAUCAGGAGAGAAGCAGUUCAAGUGUCACAUUUGUGUAUCACCAUUUUCUACAAAGGGCAGUCUGAAAGUCCACAUGCGUUUACAUACUGGUGCUAAGCCUUUCAAAUGUCCAUAUUGUGAUCAACAAUUCCGAACAUCUGGGCACCGUAAGAGUCACAUGACGUCCCAUCUGAAGUCGGACACUCCCAAGAAGCGCAAAAUUAACUUCAAAACAAAUGUUCCUUCAGAAUUGGCAACACUUUCAGUUGUCCAACCUCAGACAGGUGAACAGGAAUUACAAGAACAAGAACAACAAGAACAACUGCAGCAACAAGUGCAACAGCAACAACAACUGCAGCAACAACAACAACAACAACAGCUGCAGCAGCAGCAGCAACCACCGCCACCACCACCGCCACCACCACCAUCACUACCCCCACCGCCACCACCACAGCAGCAACAACAGCAACAACAACAACCACCACCACCACCACCACCACCACAACCACAGCAACAACAACAACAUGAGGUGGUUUCACUCAUAGCAAAAGAAACAGGACUGGUCGAUACAAAUACGUCUUCAACGAAUGAAAAUUCACAACAAAUUGUUAACUUGGAUCAGUUACUCCUCCAGAACCAGACCAAUUUGCUUCCAGUGUCUCUGGCUGUUGCUGGUAAUGAGCAUUUAGUGAGCAACAUCACUAUUCCUACAGGAAAUGGAGCUGUAGCACCAGCUACACAAACUACUGGCAACCAACUUUCUGAAACUGCAUUAGCAGCACACGUUCUUCAAGGUCUUGAAAGCUUCCAGUUUCAAUUGUCUGGAAACUUGGGACAAAGUAUCCAGGUUAUGGGCCUCGAUCCAAGUUUGAUGUCUCAGACUAUCCAUAUUGAUGAUGCUCUCUUGCAACAGCUGCAACAAGGCAGCCUCAAUUUAACUUUGGCUCCAAACUUUGUCAGUAGUCCACCAGCUCAGAUACAACUACAGACACCAAAUACACAAAACAUCAUGGCUUCUGUUAACCAAGAUCUAACUUCAAAUGUUGUCACGACGACAGCAAGUGGUACCUCACCACAGAUAUUGCCAAACACUAUUCAGAUUCAUCCAGUCAAUAUGCAAGACUCUAUCAUCAUGCAGCCAAUGCCAGCUAUCACUGUCACUCAGAACCAAGCAAUUACAGAGACAGCUCCCGCGCAGACUACUCAGACGGCUGUUGUGAUGAAUGGAGGAACUGAUGUGGAAUUAAGCACUCAGCAUGGUUUCAUUGUGACUGAAGCUGGAGAUGCACAGAUUGCUGUUGAUGGCGUUGGAGGAGUUGGAGGAGAUGACCAGGAUGAUGGCUCAAAUGUUAUUGGCACUGAUGCGGACAACUUAGAAGAAGUGCAUGAUGCUGCAACAGCGAUGAUGGAAAAUAGCAGUGUUGAUAACAUUGAAUGUGAUCCAAAUCCCUGUGUUGAAUUGGGCAAAGAGAAAGAAAACCAUAUCUGCCAUUUGUGUCAGAAGAAUUUUAAGCUGCAGGUCAAUCUCAAAGAACACUUGCUCAACGUACACAACAGUUCCUUGCUGAAUCAAAAGAAACUGAAACGAACACCUCAUGCUUGUUCAGCUUGUGGGAAAGCUUUUCAGAAACCCAGCCAGCUGGAACGUCACAUACGUAUACAUACAGGAGAGCGACCGUUUAUUUGCAGUAAAUGUAACAAGACGUUCAACCAGAAGAACGCUCUGCAAAUUCAUCUAAAGCAGCAUAGCGGAGAGAAACCGUACAAAUGUACAUACUGUGAUUUAGCUUUUAUUCAAAAAGGAAAUUUGAAAACGCAUAUCAAGAGAGCACAUCAUAUGGAUAUGGUUCAAGCGAUGAAUCUUCCUCCAACAAUCCUCCCGACUACUGGCACGGCUGCUUGUAUGUCUUCAGACGGUGUGAGCAACACUGCACCGACGCUAGGGAGCAGCAUCGACAGCACCAUCACCACUACCACUACCACCACUACCACCACGACCACGACCACCACCACUACCACUUCUAAAGACAACUUGGACCUCGUUGAAUUAUUACAGAGAAAUGGGCUUAACUCUUGGGAUAUGGAUGAUGAUGUAUGAUGGCAGGACAAUGCUGGAGGAAUGUCACAGCUAUUGGUAAAAAAAAAAUCCCGAAAAAUCCCAAUGUAUAGAAGUUAUUACUGAAUCUAGCUCCAGUAUUUUUGGGAAAGUAAAUAUGGAGAGAGAGAGAGAGAGAGAGAGAGAGAGAGAGAGAGAGAGAGAGAAAAUCAAUAAGCAUUCAGUUGAUUUUGAUGGUUCUUUUUUUGAUUGAAAUUUUUCAAUGAGAGAAUGUAAAAAAAAAAAUAUGCAAGAAUAAAGAAAGAAAUUUAUAAAAA